AUGACCAAGUCGCUGGCGGCAGGGACGCUGUCUCCCAGUGACGACGAGGACGAGUUCCAGAACUUCUUAGAAGAGUGCGCCGAGCGCUAUGCCCGGAAGCCGGAUCAUACACCUCGUGGUAAUGCUUCUGCAGAAGGCUAUUCCGAUAGCGAGAGUGAGUCUGAAAAGAAGAUCGCUUGUUGGAGACGCUCCAGGAUGUUGCAUCCGCAGUCCAGAAAAAGGUUGACCUGGGACUCAAUGAGCGUGGCGAUGAUCGGCCUUGACGUCCUUAUGCUCCCGAUGAUCUACGGCAUGAACAUCUCAGAGACAGCAGAAGUACUGGCUGUUGAGUGGUUUUGCACGAUCUUCUGGUCUAUUGACAUGCUCAUGACCUUCCUGACUGGAUACACGGUCGGCCCUGAGGUGGUCCUGUCCCCUCGCAAGGUGGCCUAUCACUACCUGACCACCUGGUUUGUCGUUGACUUUUUCAUCGUCGGUUCGGAGUGGGCCUCGCGGAUCACGGAGUUCAUUCAGGGCUUCAACGCCUUCCGCGCGGCCCGUGCAGUUCGAGUGCUUCGGGUGGUCCGCGUCGUGCGGCUUAUUCGGCUGGCGCGCAUGGUGAAGACCCUCCACAAGCUCAUGGAGAUGACGGGCUCCCUGCGGCUUCUGAUCAUCUUCAACGUCCUGAAGAUGGCAACCUUGCUGAUGUUGGCUGUCCACUUCUUCUCUGUGGGCUGGCACUUCGUCGGCUACCACACUGACGGAGGCUGGGUGGAGAAGGAAGGCUUUCUGGAGCAGCCUGCAAUGGUCAGGUACGUAGCAGCGGCAAGAUGGACGCUGGCCCAGCUCAAUGGCCGGACAGACAGACAGGAGAGAACAUUUGUGGAGAUGCUGUACAUAGCCUUCACGGCCGCGUUCACGCUGAUCUUCAUGUCCAUCUUCGUGUCCAGCCUGACAUCACGGAUGCUGCAGCUGCAGCAGCUCAUGGACAAGGAGUCAGGUUACAAGCGCCUUCUCCAAAGAUACCGUGAGAUGCACUCCCUGUCCUUCACGACCGUCUACCUGGCGAAGCGGCACAUCAAGGACCGCACGAACUUGGACACCGACAUGGACACUGAGGCCCAGCUGCUUCGCUUGCUUCCAGUGCAGACACAGGAUGGCAUCUCCGCCAGGGUGGCCGAGCAGGUCGGCUUCAAAGCGUUGUACAUGACAGGCUUUGGGACUGUGGGCAGCCACUUGGGCUUGCCAGAUGCUGGUCUUGCCUCAUACCGCGACAUGGUGGAGAGGGUGCGGACCCUUACCGCCCUGACGUCGGUUCCUGUGAUUUGCGAUGGGGACACAGGCUUUGGUGGCCUGCUCAAUGUGGCCCACACAGUCAGGGGAUAUGAAGAAGCGGGUGCAAGCGCCAUCCAGCUGGAGGACCAGGAGUUCCCCAAGAAGUGCGGUCACACACCCGGGCGCAAGGUGAUCCCCUUCGAGCAGGCCGUGGCCAAGAUUCGUGUGGCGUCAGAGGCGCGGAAAUCCCCAGACUUCCUGAUCGUGGCGCGGACGGAUGCGCGCACCAACCUCGGACUCGAGGAGGCCAUCCGCCGCGCGAAGGCGUUCGCGGAGGCCGGAGCCGACAUCCUCUUCGUCGAGGCGCCGGAGUCUGAGGCGGAGAUGAAGCAGAUUUGUGAUGCACUGGCGCCCACUGGCAAGGCAAUGCUGGUCAAUGCUGUUGAAGGCGGAAAGACCCCCGUGCUGCCACGGCAGAGAUACAUCGAGCUGGGAUACCAGGUUGCAAUUUAUCCUGCGACGGGCUUUCUGGCCAUGGGGAAAGUCUUGGAGAAAGUCUACAGGUCGGCUCAUUCUGGAGGAUCCUCCCAUUCUUGUCAAAGUGACCUGGCCAACUUUCGCGGCUUCUGUGUGACGAUGGGCUUCCAAAGCGUUUGGGAUUUCGACAAAGAGCACGCAGAUCUGGAGGAGGCGGCGCCUCGACGCGACUAA